AUGAGAAGGCACCUUGUGCUGGCUAAACCCAUCUCAUUGGAAGAUGAGAAAGAUUCAGAGUACACAGCUUCGAAUGUCAUCCGUCGAAUCCUCAGCCUUAUGAAGAACAUAAGUCCAGGAUCCGAUCUCACCCAUUUUCAGCUGCCAACGCAGCUGAACCUACCGAGAUCGCAACUCCAAUGCUACGGCGAGAUGGUCUACAGUUUCAGCGGUCAGGAUUUGUUGGGGGAAUGCAACCGCCGCGAUCUUCCCAUCGAACGGCUCAAAUCGGUAGUGACAUGGAACAUCUCCACACUCCGUCCGGUGGUCUUGGGCAUGUCUCCCUACAACCCCGUUCUCGGUGAGACUCACCACGUCUCCAACGGUCACAUCAACGUCUCGCAUCAUCCUCCAGUGUCCGCACUUCAUGCUACUCACGAGAAGGAAAAUAUUGACGUGACAUUGUGUCAAUAUUACACUCCUAAAUUUCGUGGUGGUUAUGUGGAGGUUGACGUAAAGGGUAAAAGAAUACUGAAGCUUAUGAAUCGAGAAGAGACUUACGAAAUGGACCAACCGAGACUGAUCAUGAGAUUCUUACCCGUGCCUGUAGCUCACUGGGCAGGAAAAGUCAAGAUUAAAUGCCUAGCGACCGGUCUCGAGGCUGAAUUACACUUGCUCUCCGAUUCUUUCUUCGAAAAGUUCAAAGGGAACAAAAAUAGAUCAAUUAAAGGAAAGAUCACUGAAUCUUCCUCUGGGAAUCAUCUCUACGACAUAUUUGGCCAUUGGGACAGAACAAUUAUGGCAAAAAACCUAAAGACUGGUGAGGUCGAAAUUAUUUACAAUGCUAAGGAGAACAUCUCAGGACUCAAACCUCCAGUUGUCAAGAAUCUUCAGAAAGUAAUGGAGACCGAGUCGGCAAUGGUGUGGAGUGAGGUAAGUGAAGGGAUACUGAAGAAAGACUGGGAAACUGCAGGAGAAGCUAAGAGAGUUAUCGAGGAGAAACAGAGAGAUUCUCUGAAACAGAGAGGCGCUUCUGGUGAGUCUUGGGUUCCCAAACACUUCUCCGUGGUCAAAGACGGCAAAGACUGGGACUGCUCACCGCGUCAGCCCACCGUUCCUCCAGCUCCACUAGUCAUUGCCGAGGCACAAGGCGAAAUCAUAAACUGA